AUGCCUAUCUUAUCAACUGCAUCCUUUAUUGAUAGCAAAGCUCGUCGCGUUUAUCGCCCAACAGUCUACACUGAACAGGACACGCCCGAACGGUGGCCCCUUCGACCAUAUGAACCAGCACCAUACUAUGUCGAAGGCGCGUAUGGUAUAACAGUCGAACGAUCCCGUCCGCCAACCGCAGCUUUGCCUGAUAACAGGAGACGUCGCACUCUAUAUCGAGAUGCAGACGCAGAUUUUGUAUAUGUUACGGAAGCAGAGCGACGGGAAAUGCGGUUUAGGCCGCCGAGCAAUGUGUCAACUUAUUAUUCAAUGGAACCGAGAAAUGGGUCCACUUAUUCAAUAAGACAUCCUCAAGAGCCUUGGAAGUCGAGUAGUACAUCCUACACGACGCCGAACAGGAUGAUCAACUCGAGGUUGGCGCUGCCGACGAGGAGGGGUCAGAAUCUUGACGAAGAAAAGAACAUGGCAAGCUCAGUAUCCCGUGGUCCUCAACCUUCAACAUCGCAGGGUCAAAUAUUCCCUAAAGGUAUGCGCAUGCCAGAAGGGCGUCGAUCGGGAGGAAGGGUCAUUGUUGUGCAAAGAGAUCGACCCACUAAGACAGAAACAACGUCUUCUUUGAGCAUUGCCGUCAAGCCUACCAUAUCCGAAGAUCUAUCAAGACAAGAUAAAGAUCAAGGUGCUAAGCUACGCUAUCUGCAGGAAAGGCUUGUUAGACCAACUAUGAAGUCACUUCAUGACAGAGGACUUGAGAAACAUGGGAGGACUGGGAAUGAAAUUCCCCCAUCCGUAAUCUAUUAG